AUGACUACAAAGGUGUAUCUCUGGGACGUUCUGGCUCGAAGGGCGAGGGUGAAGUGGAAGAUGUGGACGGAUUCAACUCAUCUCGGGUGGGAUGAGUGGUGGGCCACUGUAUCCAGUCGAUAUGGUGUCAUGGACGGCAACGAGGAAUGUAAAUACAAGUGGGGUGGACCUGUCAAGGGUGAUGUCAAGCAUGGAAUGAAUGGAGAAGUAGAACACGUACAGCAUUGGAGAGAGGGUAGUACCAUAGGGAUGGUCGUACAAGGACAUUGUUGCAAGCUUGUGCUCGUCGAUUAUUGCUUGCACUGCAGAGUGGGAAGAAGUACGUGGAUACAUGGAAUUAUUGAAGGAGUCGUUUGCUACUGGUCAACGAUGCGGAUGCGUGAAUACGAAUGCGAAUGCAAAAAGGUAGACGAAUGUAAAAAAAGGAGGAUAACGAAGGAGAGGCAACGCAAUCGGUGGAACGAGGAGCAGAAGGGAUGGAAGGGGGACAAAAAGUUGGGAGGAGAGGGAUGA